UAUUCAAAUCUUUUUUUUGUGAGGUCACGGGUGGAAUUCAUGAAGCUCCAAUUGCUUUUCACGUCAAUUGUCCUUUAUAAUUUUCCGUAGCGGCCGCUGUUGCUUUGGUAACAAGAACUCGUGGAAGUGGACCAAACUUUUUGUUUACGAAGGUAAAAUUUCACAUGCCCAAUGUUCCAGUUUAGCAUAUACUCCCGGGUGUGGCGCGAUUUUUAAUAUGAUUUUUAAUGUGUUUUUGGCAACUCGGGUUAGUCAGGUUACUAACUAGUCAGGUUAAAAGAAGUACCGUCACAAUAUGUCGGAGGUGCUCCUCACCUCCUCCGACACGGAGGAGGAAGACGCCGAUGAAGAGUAUGAAGAGGAGGCCUCUGAAGAGAUCCCGGCAUCACUGCUCAGCUACUUUGAGGCCUCCAGAAGGCGAGCGGCCGCUUGUGAGAAGCUGAUCCUGGAGGACCUUGAAUAUCUGACUGCAUCACAAUGUAAUGAACGACCGGCACGGGCAAAUUUUGCUAUGGUCGCCAAGGACACAAAGACAAUAGAUGACACGGCGGACACGUCUGAUGAACAAAUUGAAGACAACAGCGUUUCCUCUGGCAGUUAUGCAGAUGAGCAAGAGUUUUCAACGGUGCCCCGCUACCGCCACGACGUGGUUGGGAGUGAACUGCAGCUGGACAUGGAGCGCAGGAGACGAGAGGAGCAAGAUUUUGAGAAGGAGUUGCAGAGAAUGAUGGCGGCGGGAAAGCUGCGUCAGAAGGAGGCUGAUAUGACAGAAGUAAAGGCUCGGGAGGAGCUUGAGCGGGAGUUCCGGCUUCAACAGGAGCUACUCAAUGACAUGAAGAGACAAGUGGAGGAGGAGGUGAAAAAGAGGGACGAGGAGCAAAGGCGCUUGGCGCGACGACAGAAAGAAGAGGAAGAGAAGAGGAAAAGGGGACACGAUGAAGAUAGGUGGAAAAUGGUCCAGGGGAAAUCGAAGGAGGAGGAGGAGGAAAAGAACGAGAAGAGCAAAGAGGCAAAUAGGAAGCAAAGAGUGGAAGAGGAGGAGAGGAGGAAGAAAGCGGAAGAAGUCAAGAGGAGGAAAGAAACCGAAAGUAAACUGGAUGUGGAAAUGACGAGGAGCACGGAGGAAGACGACAAGAGGAGGAAGCACGUGAGGGAAGAACAAGAAAUGAAGGUGAAAAGGGAGGAAGUGGAAGCUCGCAGGAAACAGACAGAGGAAGAGGAAAAGAGGAGGACCAAUGAAGACGACGAGGGGCACAAACAGCUGCAGGAAGAACCGACGACGAACAAGGAAGAAGAAGAGAGACGGAAAAAAGCAGAAAGGAAGCUGAAGGAAGAAAAGGAAAUGGAAGAGGACAAGAGGAAACUGGCAGACAGGAGGGGAAAAGUGGAAAAAAGGAGGAAGGAGCGGGAAGAGGAGAUAGCAAACUGGGGGGAAGGGGAAAAGAGCAAACAGGAGGCAGAGGUGAUGCAAAUGCAAGAGGAGGUGAUGGGAAAGAAGGAGGGUGAAAAAGGGACGAACAAAAAGGCAGUCGGCAAACGACAGGAGGAGGAGGGAAAGGUGAGGAGAUUUGUGGAGAAAGAGGAGACAAAGGGGAGAGCAAUUGAGGAUGACGAAAAGAAAACGAGAGGUGAGCCCAUGAAAGAAAGGAGCCAGGAAAAGGAAAAGAGGAACAAAGAAGCUGGAAGAAAGAAGGAAGAGAAAGCAAAGGGGAAGAAAGAGGAGGAAGGAAAUGAGAGGAGCCAGCAAACGGAAGAAGAAGCGAGCAGUCAGAUGAAGGAUGCGGAAGUGGAAAUGAGGAGAAAGCGGGAGGAAAUGGAAAAGAGGAUAGCGGAGGAAGUGAAAAAAGAUUUCGAGCAAGAGUGUGAGAAAAAGGGAGAGAGGAGGAGAAUAGAAGAGGAAGAGGAGAGUGACAGGAUGGGGCGAGGAGAAGAGAGAAUGGAUAAGAUGGAGGCUGGGGGCACCGAGUGUGAAGAAAGGAGGAAAAAGAUCGAGGAGGUAGAUGUGAAGAAAAAGAGCAACGUCGAGGCAGAGACAAAGUGGAAAGAAGACGAGGAGACGAGAACCGGCGAGGAAGAAGGCAGGGCGAGGGCCAACGAGGAUUAUGACCGACGGAGCUGCGAGAAAGAAAACCAGAGGACUGAGGAAGUUGAAAAGAGGAAGCAAAAUGAGGAAGGAGGGAGAAGUGAGGAGCUACAACGACAAUGUGCAGAGGAAGAGGAGAGGAGGAAGAGUGAUGACACAAGCAUGAGGAAAGUGAAAGAGAAAAUGGAGGUGAAGGAGAGGAUGGGCCCGGAUGAAAAACUACUGGAGGAGGAGAAAAGUGAGGAGCAAAGGAUGAAGCAGAAGGAGGAGAAGAUGACCGGGAGGAGGGACGAAGAGGAGAGAAGAAACACCAAAAAGAGCGACGAGAGCGCAGACGAGGAGAACAAAGAACUUUGGACUAAAAACCAACAGCAAAGAGAUGCGAGCGAUCCGAACAUUCGUCGGAGCGUCGCUGAGAAUAUCCACGACAACAUUCACCGCAACUCCUCAUGCCAAUCCCGCCUCUCCCGGCUGAUGGAUCAGAGGAGACUUUCUUGGAUGAAAGUACGCGUCCCCUGGUCGGAAAUGGAAAACAGGAGCAGGCGCACCAGUUCUUUCGCAUCCAGGAGAGAAUCCAGGAGGUCCGGCCAGGACCGCGACCUUCCUCCGCUUUGUCCCAAGGCGCUGCUCCGGGCUGCAGGCAGGGACUCCCUGCAGGAGGUAACCAUCUUGGUUCUGGAGGACUUGGCAGGUUGCAGUUUAUGCACACUGGCUCAGUGUACGCGACUCCAGUCUCUGACGAUGAGAAGAUGCGGGCUGAAGGCCUUGGAAGGAAUCAGCCGGUUAGCGGAUCUGUGCUACGUCGACGUGCCGGAAAACGAGAUCUCGAGAUUGGACUGUGAGGAUAUGACGGGCCUGAGAGUUCUUAAAAUGAGCUGCAACAAACUGACGUCCAUUCACGGUUUAAACGGCGCAGAGAACCUGCGCAUUCUAGAACUUUCGCACAACUCCAUUGCACGCAUUGCUGGUCUCGACUCUUUGAGGAGACUACAGCGCUUGUCUCUGGACCACAACCGGCUCGUGAGUACAAAAGGGCUGAAGGACGUCUGCACCCUGCUGCACCUCGACUGCUCCUACAACCACCUGGCUAGUGUGGAGGGUCUGGAAAGCAACGUUCUGCUCCGCACGUUGGACCUGACCUCCAACAGCCUCAGCGAGCCGCCCGCUCUGCAAGACCACGUCCUCCUCGGGGAGCUGCACAUGGAUGACAACAGCCUGGCCUCCCUGCGCCACCUUUUCAGUGCCUCGUGGUUGCCGCAGUUGCACACGCUUACGCUGGCGCACAACAGGCUCACGCACCUGCCUGACAUGUCUGUUGCUGUAUCGUUAGCGAACCUGGACCUGCGUUUCAACUGUCUGUCAGAUGUGCAGGACGUGUGUCGCAGCCUGGAAGGUUGCUGUUCCUUGGAUGAGGUACACCUUGCUGGGAAUCCUCUCCAGCGGGAGAGCAGCUGGAGAUGCACUCUACAGGCAGAGGUUUCCAGUCUGAGGACAAUCGAUGGGACGGAUGCAGACAUCCUCCGGACGGACUCGGCUGUUGCUAGGCACAUUGACUCUGGCUCGGGUGUUCUCAGCUUGAUCCGGACACAACUUCAUCAGAUGAGCGAUUUACAGCGGCAGCACACAGAGCAGCUCAGCAAGGUUUCGCGACCACUGGACGCCAUCAAACUUUCCUGCGGACACCUGAUGGAAACUUUGCAUCUGGCCAAGGAGCAACGACGCUCCCUAGAACGUGCCCACGUCAGCCCAACAUCCGCCAGCUGGACAACCUUGGAGGAAAGUCUUGACGAGGUUUCACCUGUCGCCUGCGGUGGGGGCUGUGCGACGCCAUUUUGUGAUGUUCACGCAUCUGCAGUGGAGGGAACAAGGAGCAGUGUGCAAAUGGUGUCACACCAUCAAGACUGGGACUUUCAAAGCAAGUGGCCUGCUAGCAUCAUGAUAGUCAAGCAAAGACAAAUACCCAACAACUCCGUUGCAUCAGAAGUCGGAGGAGGAUACGCCACAUAUGAAGGGAACCCUGAGUCCACUGGGCAGAAGAGCAUUAUUGCCCAGCACCAUGCGGCAACUCUCAUCCAGGCGCGAUGGAGAGGCUUCACCUUGAGGAGGAGGUUGGCUGCUGCUCUUGCCGCCGUCACGUCCCUGGACGAUGACAACGAUGCUUUUGAGCUGGUGGAUGUGGAGGAGUUUGUUAUGGAUGAGACAACACUGGAGCAAGGCUGGACUUUAUGUGAGGAUGCUCCUGCCAGAUACAGUUACUCGGCGUCCAAGCAGCCGCUCCCAGGCAUCUGUCCGGAACAUUCCCAGUUGGUUCUACCACCUCUGCCGAAACAGAGGCUUACGCAAGCUUGGGAGGUCAGAGAAUGUGAGGAGAAGAGAGUUUCCCCCCAGAGCUCCAAUAGGAAAAUGUCUUCUUCAACUUCUAUCGCAAGCGACUUCUCUGAGAGAUCAGAAAGAAUUCUGGAGGAAUGGGGAUUCACUAACAGGCACACGGCUGAGCUGAUGCUUAGGAGAGCCCAGAAGAUGAAGUCCAAGCAGAAAAGCGCAGGUCCAUCGGGGCAACUGGAGGCCUGGAGAAACCAGCCGCUCACCACCUACCAGCUGGAGCCCUCAAACAGGCUGGCACGGCGCAACAGAAAUGCUACUAGGGUUCACCAGGCGGAGACCAGCUCGGGUCUGGCGAGGUGGGACCAGACUCGUGAAUGGCUUCGAAACCAGAAUACUUUGAGGCACUCGGAGAGCGAACAUUUCUUACCAAACAUCUCCACCGACUUGGUGAGUGGUGGACAAAGACGUCUACUUGCACCAGAAGCAGGUCGUAUGGAAAAUCAAGCCACCGGAGUUUGGGCCUGCGACAAUUUACUUGCCCAAGACGGUAGAGAGAACAAAAAUACUGUCGGACUUCCAGUUGUGUCAGGGGCACCCCCAUCGCCAUGUCUAAGCAAGAGCCCUAAUGAUUUGAAUGUCUUUCUGGUCCAGGAUUUCCAAGUAGAACAAGACAUUCCCACUGCGUGGAGGAAGGAGCGCAUCUCUUUCCGGGAUGAGCCUGUGUGUCGUAGCAGUGGCUGGGGUGGAGGGAAGAAGCGACAGAAAGUAAAACACUGACGCUGCUGGGCUGCUUAUAUGUUUUGAGGCAGUACUAUUUCUAAAGGCCAAACACCUACACUUUCUUUGACUAUUGCAGACUAACCGUGCAAUUUUAAGACAACACAGUUCGUAUCAUGACAGGAAAGAGGAAGCAGAAACUUUUGCUCACCUGCUUGUUCAUCUUUCUUAAGCUUGGGACAAAGUCCAGUUUUGGAAGUGCAAAUCAUAUUUUUAAGUUGAAGCACUUAUCUCUAGCCUGGCUAGCAUUCUACUUGCACUCCCUACGAAAGAAGUUUUGAAACAUUUUUAUAUAUUUUUUUAGACAAGUCCGUAAAUAGAUGACUAAAAGAGUUCUGUUGCAUCUCAAGUUAUCAAACUUUGCCUCUGUGGUCCGCCAACACAUCAUGACAACACCUCAAAUAUUUAAUUGUUCAGCUUUGUCUUUCUGUACAUGACUCAAAUUUGGUAGCAGUCGCAUAGAAGUUUGUCUUUGAAGUAUACCUGACCAAAAAUGACCCUAAACUGUCAGCUUCAAACCAAAUUGGCCGCCUUCCUGUGUCUUUUCACAAAUAGCUUCCUGAAAUUUUUUUGUGGGUCUCCUCAUGAUUGACAUGCAGAGCAAAUGACAUGUUUCUAAGUGAAACUGCCGUCGUAGAUGGAAUUUUAUAAAAGCGAUCUGAGGGUUUGGUACUCAGCCAAUGGCGAGUCAUCACACUUUGCCGCCAUGUUCCACCCACAAACAAUGACGUUAAAUUAUUUUGCAAUUUGGUGUAAGGCGUCUUCAAAAUUGGUCACAGUUGAACUAAAUCAUUUGGAGUUCAAAGACCCCUGGAAAAAUUACCAAUUACCUGUAAAACUCUAUAAAAUGGCCUUGUCAAUCAAAGCAAUUUUCAACAAGAGGAAGUCUUCCAUUUUGGUUUGAAAAGGACAUUUUUGGUGGUCUUCAAAGAUGAUCUCGUCCAACAGAUUUCCGCUCAAUUGUUACCAGCUUUAAAGCAUGUAUACUCAGCAAAUAGUUGACCAAAAAAAAAAGCUGAAUCUUGUGAAUUUUAGUCACUCCGUCCCCAAAAACAGAUCUUUUUGGUCAUCAUGUCACUCACAAAAAAAGUCUCAAGAAGUCAUAGCUAAAACGACACCAGCUGUCUGACAUUUGGCUUGAAGUGGCCAUUCUUGUUUUCUUUUGGGUCCAUGGGUCCAUCAAAGAUGAUCUUGUCCUCGAGAUUGUGCAACCAAAUAUGAUGCACAAAUACCAGACAUGUGGAUGACAAUUUAGCUCACUAUGUAAAGAAGUGAAGACGCUGGCAGAUUUCAUGACUUGCCAUUAGACCGGAAACUCUUAACACCUUAACUUCACAUUGCUGAUUAUCCUCUUUAUUAUUAUUUAAAUUAACAGUACACAUGAAGCCAAAUAAAACUGCCAGUGCAAAAUGGAAGUUCAGCGUUUAUUUUUCGCUGUCGCAGAGAAAAGUGAACACGGCGAGGAAUGUGCCACAGCGAAAAAGCCAGAGAAACCCGAACCCACGUCAAGGGGAUAACGUGGUGCUAGCAGAAAUCAUGGGUAAAAUGUCCAAGCUAAUUGGUGGCUCUAAUAAGGGCUGCAGGAUGUUUUUCUACAAAUUGAAUUUGAAAAAGAAUGUUCUCCAAGUGGUGUCCUGACUCUACUUGGUUGAAGAGCGAGCGUCAGGUAUUUUUUUGACCUUUAGCUCACUUUACAUGAACGUUGUAAACAAGUCAAUGCAGAGCAUACACACAUGCUUUAAAAUAGGAUGAAAUGUCUUCUCCUAGCAAAAAAACAAAGUCAGAAAUUCUGUUUUUUCAUUUUGAACCGGGCCUGAUACUAAGAGUCAGCUUAAGUACAAACAUUAAAAUGGGUUUAAAAGCAAAGUCAAAUUAUGCGGCCCCUACAAGUCUACACGUUGUAUUCUGAUUAAUAUUGCGUUUGUGGAAUAUGCAUUAAGCGAUUUUAUAUCCAUCUAAGGGGGAGGCCAUUUUGCCUUGUCCUGGUCAGUGAUCAAGUAAUGACCACUGCUCACCUGUUUUCUGUUUUGGUCAUGUGACAUUUGCAAGCUGAAUCCUUAGGCACUCUGAUGUCAUUUUCAGUUGACGGCGAGUGGCAUUACAAGGCAAAAUG